UUCUAAUAGUCCCUUGGAGUCCUUAUUGGGAGCAUUUAAAGGAAGCAUGGGCACAGAGAAACCAUCCAAACGUUUUAUUCAUGUUCUACGAAGAUAUGAAACAUGAUUUCCCAAAAGCAAUGAAACAGGUUGCCAAAUUCCUUGGUAAAUCUUAUACAGAGGAGCAAUUAAAAAAAUUAGCGGAAUAUUUGGAUAUUAAAAAUUUCCGAGACAACCCGAUGGUUAAUUCAACAGAAUUAAAAGAGUGUGGCGUGAUAGAGUCAGGGGUAUUUGUGAGGAAAGGUCAAAGCGGCGGAUGGAAAGAUAUGUUCUCCCCGGAACUUAACGCCAGAGCUAAUGAAUGGAUAAAAGAAAAUAUGAAAAAAACUGACAUUAGAUUCCCAUAUUUCGAUAUUUUUAACGACAGUAAUUGAAGUUGUAUACUACAAUUGUGAUUCAUUUAUUUCCGUUAUCUCUAACAAUGAGAAUUUAUAUAUUUUUCUACUAAUUCUAAUUUUCUUCUAAU